AAGUUGGUAAUUGCAGCAGGAAGGAGAUGGCAUGAAAGAAAAAGGGGUUCCGAUACGCGUCUCUACCAGGUCCAUAUUCCCAAUCUCCUUUCAUUACCAACCUCACAACACAACCCCUUUCUCUUCUCUUCCAAUUACAAAUCCCUUCUUCUCUCUCUCUCUCUCUUUAUUCUCAUUUCACAACUCAUCAAUCCCCUCUCUCUCUCUCCCAAACGCAAAACCAAAGCAUGGCUCAGAAGGCCCAGAAAAACGACACUGAGUUUAAGGUCCCCGAACCCAUCAUCAACCCCUGCACCACCACCACCACCACCACCACCUCGAUUUCCGAACCUUCUAGAUUCUUCGAUGCAACCACCCCCGCCACUUCAUCGCGCUCCCCAAAGCGAUCCCUCCCUCUCGACGAGGAAUCUCAGACGGACCAAACGACGUCUUCUGAGCCCAAACGCGCCGUGAACCGCUGCUCCGGCUGCCGGCGGCGCGUGGGACUCACGGGAUUCCGGUGCCGCUGCGGGGACCUUUUCUGCGCAGAGCACCGCUACUCCGACCGCCACGACUGCUCCUACGACUACAAGGCCGCGGGGAGAGAGGCCAUCGCGAGAGAGAACCCCGUCGUGAAGGCCGCGAAGAUCGUCAAAGUCUGACAACCCUAAAUCGGAGAACAAAUCUCGAAGAAGAAGGGGCAAAAAGGGGAUAACACAAAACGACGACGUUUCCACUCGAUCGCGGUGAGGUGAUUGAUUAAUUAAUUAUUAAUUACUCGCGUCGCGUCUUUUCUUCGAGACGCGACUAGGCGCGUGGGUGGAAACCCGGGGAAUUUGUAACCGGAAAGAUGAAUUUCUCGGUGAUCCUUUUUCUUUUUCUUAUUUUUAAUGUAUAAUUUCUAAAUUUUUAUGCCUUUUUUUUUUAAUUUGGGUUGGAAAUUUAUAAAUUAUUAUUGUGAUUAUUAUGUGAAUCAGUUUAAUGAAUGGUUUUUCGUUGCCUUUUUUUUUAUUA